GCCUGAGAGGAGCUGAUGGAAACAGAUAAGUAAAAGCCCAACUCCAUACUGGAAGAACAAGAAGACAGGAUCUGAAGCAGAAAGAAUAUCUUUUCCCUGCAGUAUCCAGUUUUAUGGUGGGUAGUAUUACAAGGAUAGUGCGCAAUUACGCAUAACCAAAGAAAGAAGAGAUCAUUCCAGCAUUGCAUUCCGUUAUUAAUGAAAGCCGCGUAAAAUCGCAGUCUUUUUUAACGUGGAUUUUGACGUGUGCGUGAAUAAUGACGGCUGAGGUCCAGCAGCCCUCCGUGCAGACCCCUGCUCACAGUAGCCCCAUGUCGGAGAAACCGCACGGACAGACGCCUGUGAUGGAGACCUCCUCUUCCUCCUCCAGCACCAAAACUAAAAAGACGAACGCUGGAAUUCGUCGUCCUGAAAAGCCCCCGUACUCUUACAUCGCUCUCAUUGUCAUGGCCAUCCAGAGCUCUCCAACCAAACGACUCACUCUGAGCGAAAUUUAUCAGUUCCUACAAAGCCGCUUCCCGUUUUUCAGAGGCUCGUAUCAAGGCUGGAAAAAUUCGGUGCGUCACAAUCUGUCUCUGAACGAGUGCUUUAUCAAGCUGCCCAAGGGUCUGGGUAGACCCGGUAAGGGCCACUACUGGACCAUCGACCCAGCCAGUGAGUUCAUGUUCGAGGAGGGAUCUUUCCGCAGGAGGCCGCGGGGAUUCAGGCGCAAAUGUCAGGCGCUCAAACCUUCCAUGUACAGCAUGAUGAACGGGCUGGGGUUCAAUCACAUACCCGAGUCCUAUAACUUUCAGGGGGGCGGCGGGGGCCUGUCUUGCCCUCCAAACAGUUUAUCUUUGGAGAGUGGGAUUGGGAUGAUGAAUGGACAUUUGGCCAGCAAUAUGGAAGGAAUGGGCUUGGCAGGACACUCCAUGUCCCAUCUAUCAACGAAUAGUGGACAUUCCUACAUGGGCAGUUGCACGGGAUCCUCAGGGGGUGAGUACCCCCAUCACGACAACUCUGCAUCGCCGCUUCUCGCCAGCGGGGGAGUGAUGGAGCCGCAUGCGGUGUAUUCUAGCACGGCCUCGGCCUGGCCUCCAGCGCCCCCGGCCUCUCUAAAUAACGGGGCGUCUUACAUCAAACAGCAGCCGCUCUCUCCGUGUAACCCGGGAGUCAAUCCACUGCAGCCCAGUUUACCCACACACUCUCUGGAACAGUCCUACCUGCACCAGAACGGCCACGGCAACACCGACCUUCAAGGUAUACCGCGCUACCAUUCCCAAUCUCCCAGCAUGUGUGACAGGAAAGAAUUUGUCUUCUCUUUUAACGCCAUGACCUCUUCAUCGAUGCAUUCACCAGGGAGCAGCUCUUACUACCACCAUCAGCAGGUCUCAUAUCAGGACAUCAAACCCUGUGUGAUGUGACAGCAUUAUUACAAAGAAGACUUAAUGCAACGACGAGAAACAGAGUAAACUGACCCAAAAUAAACAAGGAGUGGGAUAUAAGUGGCUCUUUUGGAAAGAGACAUGGAAUUAAGAAUUGCCGUUUAUUACUAAUCAGAACUUGGCCAUAGAAACGCAUUGUUAGAAAAUUUCAAACUCAAAGGAGCACUUGGAAAAAACCUUCAGCUUCAGCUAUCUGCGAAUCAUAAGAUCGAGGACAGAAAAGCCACAGCAUCUCGUUUCCAACAGCUCGGUACUAACUCUGCUGGCGGAUGACUACCACACUCGGAGAUGCAAAGAUGAGUGAAACGCUCCGAUGUUGAUAUAUUGUUUUUAAAGACGAGUUUGUAUCGUUUGGAUAAACGUUUUCCUACAAUCAUUUUCAUUUUGCUUAAAACGGUGAAAACCAUAAGCACGCGAAAUGGAGGCACUUUUAAACCCAAAUGCGCAACUUAUUUAUUCUGUUAAAAUGUUUAAUUUUAGGCUACAAUUAUAGCCACAGUAUUGACCACUUUAUUGGCAAUAUUUGCCCAAUGUAACAUUAAGGUUAAAUAUAAGCACUGUUAGUUAUUUUGAUUGUUUAUUUAGUUGUACAAACCUAUAUUGAAACGUCUUAUUUCUCAAGCACUGUAUAACAUGUACAUGGUGCAAGACAUAUCUUUUAGUAGGAUUUUUGUGUCCCUUUUCAAUGAAUUUAAAUAUUAGUUGAUGUAAUCCUUCAGUUCAAUUGAAAAUUAAAGUAAUGGCAUGGA